AUGCCAUACUAUCCACACUUCAACCUUUUGAAAGUGUUCCAGGAUGCUUUUGAAAUAUAUAGAUUGGCUGAGGAAGAAGAGGGAGAUGAAGAGGAAGAAAUACAAGAGGAAGAAGAAGUAGCAGGAGAGGAGGAGGAAGAAGCAGAAGAGGAGGAAGAAGUGGAAGACGAGUAUGAAGAGGAGAUGGAGGCUGUAGAGGAGGAGGAGGAGAACGUGGAGGACGAGGAGGUGGAGGAGGAGGAUGUGGAGGAGGAGGAGGUGGAGGAGGAGGAGGAGGAGAACGUGGAGGAGGAGGAUGUGGAGGAGGACGUGGACGAGGUGGUGGUGGUGGAGGAGGAGGAGGAGGAGGAGAAAGAAGAAUGGGAAGCCAUUGAUAUUGAUACCACAUUAUCUGCUUUGAAAAUCACUUUACCCUCCUGUCUUUCCCCACCUUAUGAGUUUGCGCCCUGGCUUCUGAUCUGGGGCAAUCCAGAUGAGGCAGUGGGCUCUGUUGCCUGGAUGCUGAAUACUGCUUCCACUUCAUGUAGCAGCUUAGAUGAAGAACCCAGUAGCCAGGAAGAAGAGAGUUUAAACACCUUGAGGUUGACACAUGCUGCUUCCUCAGGGAGAAAACUCCAAAAGCAAAAGGUGACUGAACUGGUGAAUCUCCUGAUCCUCAAAUAUAGAAUGAAGGAACCCAUCAACAAAGUGGAAAUGCUCAGAGUUGUCACAAAAGACUAUGAGAAACAGUUCCCCAUUAUCUUUGAUGAAGCUUCUAAGUGUUUGGAGAUGAUUUUUGGUAUUGAUAUAAAGGAAAAUGAUCCUAUAAGUAGCUCCUAUGUCCUUACCAACUCACUGGACCUUACGUAUUAUGACAUGGUGACUAACAACCAGAGAAUGCCUAGAAAUGGCUUCCUGAUAAUUACUCUGGGUGUGAUAUUCAUCGAGGGGAACCGUGCCUCUGAAGAAAGCAUGUGGGAAUUUCUGAAUAUGAUGGGGAUAUAUGAUGGGAAGGAGCACUUCAUUUUUGGGGAGCCGAGGGAGUUCCUUACCAGAGAGUUGGUGUACCAAAAUUAUCUGCAAUAUCAGCAGGUGCCUGAGAGUUAUCCUCCACGCUAUGAGUUCUUGUGGGGUCCAAGAGCCUAUAUUGAAACCAGCAAGAUGAAAGUCCUUGAAUUUUUGACCAAAUUUACAAGUAGGGCCCCAACUUAUUUCUCAAGUUUGUACAGUGAGGCGUUCCGAGAUGAGGAAGAGAGGACCUGA